AAACAAUAUAUUUUUUUAUGUAUUAUAAGUAAUAACAAAGCGAGAAUCAUCAAGGAAAUAAGUCGUUCACCGAAAUCGCUUCGAACAGCUUCGAUCACCCCUGAUAGUACAAGUCUCAGUUAUGUCUCAGUUAUGUUGCAGUUAUAUUGCAAAGAUAUUGAAACGUCUUUGUAACAUAACUGCAACAUAACUGAGACUUAUGUGCUAUCAGGGACGGUUUAAUGCUGCCUAUGUCCGCCCAAUCACAGAAUCUUUGUACCAUUCCCGAUCGCGAGAAUUUAAUUCAUACUAUCAAACGUACGCACUCGUACGCUUUAAUAAAUUUAAUUUCGCUGUGUGUAUAAUUACAUAAUUGCUACUAUGACAAGAAGAUUAAAUAAUGUAACGCGAUCACAAUUAAUUAUGAAAUAUGUAUUAAUGGGAAGUACAUCUUCUAUGUAGCUAAACACAUAUUCUGGAUUCUACAACAGAUUUAUGCCAACGUUAGUUUAUCGUAAAAAAUAUACUUGUUGACAGGUAUUCAUGUAACAUUUUUAAAGCCACAGCAAUUGCAAAAAUUGAGAGUUACAUUUACAAAGUUUAUCUUCGUACGUCAUGGCAAUUCAUCUUAUCAUAAUGCAUUAUUAUAAUAGUAAAAAAAUGAAGGGGAUAUAAAUGUAAGUGUCUGUCAUUAUACUUUGAUGGACUUAUUAUUAAUGAAGAAUAAAUUACGUUAAGGUAUGUUUAUAAAAGAUACACUCUAAGAACUAUGGAAUUCUUACCAGUGGUGUGGAAUGAACACUCAUACACGUGUUUAUGUAAUUCUCACCUUAUCGAUGUGAAAUCAGCAUUGCCUGGUUAUUGUGGAAAAUUCAAAUUGUCAACGUGAACGAUCCACAAUGUGUAUGUACUUACAUAUACGAUACCUAAACGCUAUAGCGAUUGAUUGUUCUAUUAUAGUUACGUGUGACGUCGUCACGGCGGUCACAUCGCAUGUCAUAAAAAUAAAACAAUAUAGCAUCAAAGUUGACACCGCGUUUGUUGGUGUGAAAGAUUUUCUACACUUUCGAUGUUAACAUUUACACCGAGUUAUUUAACUACGUGGUGUAGUGAAAGAUCACACCACUAUUUUUUAGAGUUUAUAUUAAUUGUAUUUAUAAUUACUUAAAUUUUUUCUGUUUAACAUACAUAUAUAAAAAUAUUAUUUAACUUUGUAAAAUGCCACCAAUAACUUCAAGGAAUAAGCACAGGAAGCCCUAUGAAAUCAAGUUUGUGAAGUUGUACAGUUUUAUUGCUCUCUUGUACAAUUUGAAAAAUGGGACUUACGUGUUUUUGAACUCGUCGAUUCAAUUGAACUGAUUGAUCUUUUGUAGAAUGAUCGUAAAAUGAAAAUUGUAAUCGUCGUAAAUACAAAAAUAUUCGUAUUAAUGGGUAUAAGUAAAUGUAGCCAAUGCACUGAAAGUGAUAACAUUAUCUUGACCUCCUCAUGACGUAACAACGUAGGUUAAGUUUCCAAUCAUUCAACCAACAAGGCUGUAGAGCAAAACAGCACUUAGUAAGAAAUACAGUUCAGCAAUUUUUGAACUCUAAUUUAUCGUGUUUUAUCAAGAAAAUAAUUUUGCAUUAAUAAAAAUUAUCGUGGUCUAAACAAACUGUCUUGGUGAGAAUAGCUUAUAACAUCUGUAAUUGAUUUUAAAACAUAGAUACACACGAAAGAGAUUUCGCGACAUGGCUAAGAUUUUUAUCUUGAUUCCGUUGUUGCUGCAACUUUGUACGAUAAUACAAGGAUAUCCAUGUUCUGAAUAUUAUACACAUACAUUCGAACCUGAGACAAAUAAACCAAUGGGACAGAUCGAGAUCCCAUCCCCGCCAAAAAAUGGUCCAUACGAUUUAAAAAUAGGCUUUAAUACGAAUCCUUCGAUACAUAAAAAAUCAUUCGUUCAACUAGAUACAGCACAACCCUUAGGGGAUGCUCUUGAAGGUGUUAAACAAGGCGGAUCUUUGUUGUAUCAUAUCCAUUUUAAGACUGAAACGAUUCCAACACUGACUAAAUUAUGGUUUAACGAUCGACAAUUAUGUCCGAUACCUGGAGAAACAGAACAAGUCGCAACUACUAUCACGAUAUCAAAGAGAAUAUCCGUAUCUGGUCCUAUUUCGCCAGAGGAAGAGCCAUCUUCGCUAAAUGGUCAAUCGCAUAACAAUCGUAGCAUUAACAAUAACCAGGGUUGGACACUAGCCAACCCUGACAAUAACCAAUGUGGUAGAAGCAACACACAUCUUCUGAUCGCCUACGGAUUACAGACAAUACCAGGCCAAUGGCCAUGGGUGGUAGCAAUUUUUGUUGAAAAGGAAAACCGUGAGUUUUUGUGUACUGGUUCCAUUGUGACAAACAGACAUGUUAUAACAGCGGCGCACUGCAUACAAUUAAACUUGAUAAAUUUAUCUCCAAAUGAGCUCUUAAUAGUAUUAGGACGAUUUAAUUUGAACCAAUGGAAUGAAGCAGGAUCCGUGAAUCGGACAGUCUCAAGUUACAUGAUCCAUCCUGACUAUAUGCGCUCGCUCAGCAGGCUCAGCAGUGACUCUGAUCUGGCAAUUGUGACUCUAAAGACGCCCGUUGAGUUUAGCCCUUUAAUUAGACCUAUUUGCCUGUGGUCCCAAUCGAUCGAUCUUCAGAACGUCGUAAAUCAGAUAGGAUAUGUUGUGGGAUGGGGAAAAGAUGAAUCGGCCAAUUAUCUCGAAAACCCACGGAUGGUGACAGCGUCGAUAGUGAGCCACACUACCUGUCACUGGAGCAACCACUAUUUCGCCUUACUCACAUCGAACCGCACCUUUUGCGCCGGUUUUCGAAACUCCAGCGGUCCUUGCAAAGGUGAUAGCGGGAGCGGGCUGGUGCUUUUCAACAAUAUCACAGGCCGUUAUUACCUGCGCGGCCUCGUUUCGCAAGCGUUUGGUGAUCUGAUAUCACCGUGUGAUCUUCAGCAAUACGUUGUCUAUGUUGACGUGGCCCAAUAUGUACCUUGGAUUGUACAGCAGAUCUCCACCACCGAACUGCCAAGCCAACCGGAAACUACGGCGACUCCGCUUCCAGUGCCAACACUGAACACUAAACGCCCAUCACACUCUACCAUCGCUACUCCAAUAUUCGAAAGACCACAUUAUAAUGAAAUCGACUGCGGUCGGCCGACAUUCCUCCCUUAUCUACUGGAUAAGGGAGGAAUGUCGUCACAUCCGGCACAAUGGCCGUGGUUAGCGGCAAUCUUCGUUCCAAGUGCAAACCCCCAGUACCGUUGUCCUGGCUCCCUUCUGACAACUAGACAUGUUAUAAUAGCCGCACAUUGCUUGAUGUGGAAUGUUCGGACCAACGAUACAGUUCCGGCAAUAUUAUUAGAGGUUUCCUUAGGACGAGUUAUUAUACAGAGGCAUGAGGGAGGUUCUGUUUAUCGGAGAAUCUAUAGCUACACGAUCCAUCCCGAUUAUGCGCACACGGUCACUGGCGACUCUGAUCUAGCAAUUUUGACCCUCGCGGAGCCUGUCGAGUUUAGUCCUUAUAUUAAACCUGUUUGCCUGUGGCAUGGUUCAGACACUCUUCAGAACGUUAUCGAUAAAUUAGGAUUUGAUGUGGGGUGGAGAAAAAAUGGGUAUGGUUACCCCUUCUUAAGCCGUACGGUGGAAAUGCGGAUAGUGAGGCAGGAGACCUGUCGCCGAAGUCACGAGCAUUUCAUCGAUCUCAUUUCGGAGCGAACUUUUUGCGCCGUUGAUCAAGAUCUCGAAGGUCCUUGCUACGCCUACAGUGGGAGUGCGUUAAUGAUCUAUGACAAUAAGACUAACCGCUUUAUGUUACGCGGCAUUGUUUCGAGGACGUUACCUAGUGAGGAUGACUAUGUAUCGUGCGAUCAAGAAAAUUACGUUGUUUAUGUCGACGUGGCCCAAUAUGUAUCUUGGAUUGAACAGCAGAUCUCCACCACCGAACCGCCAAGCCAACCAGAAACUACGGCGACUCCGCUUCCAGUGCCAACACUGAACACUAAACGCCCAUUAUUCUCUAACAUCACUACUCCAACAUACGAAAUAGACAUACCAUAUUAUAAUGACACUGACCAAUGCGGUCGGAUGGGUUACGUCAAUCAACUGGUUACUAGAGGAGAAUCGACAAAUCCGGCAGAAUGGCCGUGGUUAGUGGCCCUCUUCGUUCUAAGACCAAACCUCAAGUACCAGUGUGCUGGCACCGUUCUGACAACUAGACAUGUUAUAACAGCCGCAAAUUGCAUGAAGUGGAAUGAUACGACCAACGAUACAAUUCCUGCCAAUUUAUUAGAGGUUGCCUUAGGACGAUUUAAUUUACGCCAGUGGCGUGAGGAGGGUUCUGUUAAUCGGGAAAUCUAUAACUACACGAUCCAUCCCGAUUAUGCGUACACGAUCUCUGGCGACUCUGAUCUAGCAAUUUUGACCCUCGUGGAGCCUGUCGAGUUUAGCCCUUUUAUUAAACCUGUUUGCCUGUGGACUGGUUCAGACACUCUUCAAAACGUUAUCCAUAAAUUAGGAUUCGUUGUAGGGUGGGAAAAAGAUGAGGAUGGUAAUUACUCCGGCACCCCACGGAUGGAGAAAAUGUCGAUAGUGAACCAGGAGGAGUGUCUCUGGCUGACUCUCGAGGUUUUCUUCAAUCUCACUACAUCGCGAACUUUUUGCGCCGGUGCGCGAGAACGCAGAGGUCUCUACGGCUACAGUGGGAGUGCGUUAACGAUCUUUGAUGAUAACGUGAACCGCUUUCAGUUACGCGGCAUUUUUUCGACGGCAUGGUACUUUCCCUAUUCCAGUGUACCGUACGAUGUAAUUCACGUUGUUUAUGUCGACGUGGCCAAAUAUAAAACCUGGAUUGAAGAGCAGAUCUCCACCACGUAACCCUAGUUUCUUGCAGAACUCCAAAUGUGUUAAUAGAUAUACUUUUUAUAUAAAUUCUAUCUAAAUCGCUACACCAUAUUAUCAUAGGUACAUGAGAAUUAAAGGUACGAAUUUUACUUUGAACUUUUUACGGUGAUUCUUGUUACCGUAAUGCAGCUUUGGAUCUUAAAAAAAUACAUUAGAAUACUUUACAAGAGCGUCUAAAAAAGCAAGGAUGUGUGUGUGUGUGUGUGGCUAAAUAAUUAUUGUAAUUAAUUAAUAAAACUACGUAGUUAUUCUUCAGUUUAGCUACGCCAGCACCAAA